CCAAUAACUUAUAAUAGUUUUUCUUCUAUCCUCCAUCUUUAGCUGACCUUCCAUAUCUGUUCAUGGAAAAUUCCCAUCAACCAUGCAAUAGGAUGGAUUGGGACAAGCUUGGAUACGAUGUGAUUCCAACUGAUUACAUGUACAUAAUGAAAUCCAAUAAAGAUGGGACCUUUUCAGACGGAGCUCUGGUACCUUUUGGAACCGUUCAGAUUGAACCACAUUCUUCUGUGUUAAAUUAUGGACAGGGAUUAUUUGAGGGCAUGAAGGCAUACAGAAGAGCAGACGGUGGGGUGCAGUUGUUCAGACCAGAAGAAAAUGCCCUACGCAUGCAGAGGGGAGCAGAGAGGUUGCUAAUGGUGGCACCUUCUGUUCAACAGUACAUUGAAGCUGUCAAACAAGUUGUUACCGCAAAUAAGAGUUGGGUUCCUCCUUACGGAAAAGGAGCCUUAUAUAUUAGGCCUUUACUCUUUGGAAGUGGAUCCGUAAUGGGUAUUGCACCUGCACCACAAUGCACCUUCCUCAUCUACACUAACCCUAUUUGCAACGUUUACAAGGGACGAACUUCACCGCUGAACUUGUUGAUUGACGAUAGAAUUCCUCGCGCGUUUCCUGGUGGGACCGGAGGAGUGAAGAACAUAGGAAACUAUUCACCUGUUUUCGAAGUUACGAGAGAAGCAAAAGCCAAAGGGUUUUCUGAUGUUCUCUUCCUUGAUGCAAUGGAACGUAAAUAUGUGGAGGAGGUGUCUUCGUGCAACGCUUUCAUGGUCAAGGGUAAUGUGAUUACAACUUCACCUACACUCGGAACCAUUCUUCCUGGAAUCACAAGGAACACUAUCAUGCAACUUGCUCGUGAUUUGGGCUUCCAGGUGGAGGAACGCAAAUUUUCGGUUGAUGAAGUGAUUGAAGCUGAUGAGGUUUUCUGUACUGGAACUGCUGUGGGGAUCUCUGAGGUUGGCAGUGUAACCUACAAGGAUAUGAGGGUGGAAUUCAAAACAGGAACAAAUACUGUUACCCAGAAAUUGUAUGAUUUCAUUACGGGAAUCCAAACAGGUGUUUUGGAGGAUCAGAAAGGAUGGGUGGUGAAGAUUGACUGAAAUAUUAACCACUGAUAUCAUAUACUAAUGUGAUACAUGUAAUAUAUAUAUAUAU